AUUGGGAACACCAUUGCCAACCAGUUAUGGGGUUCUACAAAAUUGCGUUUCUUCUUCUGCACGAAGUCGAAGAAGUUUCGAAUCGUCAUCGAUUACGGAGAUAAAUAUUCGACCACCGACCAAUUUGAACAGAUAAAGCACCUCCGAUCACUGGAUUAUUUAUACAGAGAAGAAAUACCAGAGAAAGACAGAGAGACAGAGAGAUGGAUUUUGAGCUGCGAAGGGCGAGAGAGAAGUUAGAUAAGGAGCAGAAGGAGAGGAAAGAGAGAGCCAGAUUGAAAUUGGAAAGAGAGAGAAAAUCCAAAGAAGAGGCCAGGAAGCAAAGAGAAGCAAUCGAAGCCGUCCAAAGAUCUCGAAGGCUCGAUGCCAUGGAAGCCCAACUCAAGGCUGAACAGCAUAUGGAAGAAAAUUUACUUGCUGGUGGGGGAAUCAUGUUCACUCGUAUGUUAGAAGCUGUAUCUUUUCAGGGAAGUGGAGAUAAAAUCAAAAUGCCGCCUUCUUGCUUUAAGGAAUUGUCUGAUCAAGGUGCUUUUGAUAAAGGGCCAAUUUACUUCCGAUUGUCAGUGGUUGAACAAGAGGGUAGUUCAAACAUUAGUGCCACUGAAAUGCUAGAACGAAAAACAACUCAUUCAGGUGUGCUUGAAUUUACUGCAGAGGAAGGUUAUGUUGGGCUUCCACCACACGUAUGGAAUAACUUGUUUCCCAUUGUUGGUGGACAAACUUCCUUGAUUGAGGUUUCGUAUGUUCGACUGCCAAAAGGGACUUACGCGAAACUUCAACCAGAUGUAGUUGGCUUUUCGGAUAUACCCAACCACAAGGCUGUUCUUGAAACAAGCCUUCGCCAGCAUGCCACCCUUUCUCAAGGCGAACUGAUCACAGUCAACCAUGGUGUCCUGACAUACAAGUUACAGGUUCUUGAGUUAAAACCCUCCUCCAGUGUGUCUGUCCUGGAAACAGAUAUUGAGGUUGAUAUAGUGGGUUCAGAUGCAGCUUCAGAGAGAUCAGACCAGCCGGUCCUAAAACCACUUGAAUUUGGAAAGUUGGAAUCCGGAAUGGUUGAGGAAGGAAGUUAUACGUAUUAUAAGUUCUUGAUUGACAAUGAUACUCAGGAAAAAAUUGCUACUGGUGAUGUUGAAGUUGAAGUCAAGAUAGAGGCUGAGACAGGUGGCGGUGAUACUGAUCUUUAUAUAUCCAGACAUCCUCUUAUUUUUCCAACCCGACACCAGCACGAAUGGUCUUCCCAUGACAUGGGUUCAAAGACUUUGAUUCUUAGCUCUAAGAAUAAGAGUGUUGAAGCAGGAAGUUACAGCAUUGGUGUCUUCGGCUUCAAGGGGACGACCAAGUACAAGUUGUCAGCAAGUAUUCAGGACAAUGGUAAUCGUAAGGUGGGUCAGCAAGCAUCCUCUUUGUCAUCUAUGGACAUUGAUACAGCAGAGUGCAGGAACUGUCGACAUUUCAUACCUAGUAGGAGUAUAUCUUUACAUGAAGCCUACUGCUGCAGACACAAUAUUGUUUGUCAACAUGAUGGUUGUCGAAUUGUUUUGAGGGUUGAGGAGGCAAAGAACCAUGUGCACUGUGACAAAUGUGGGAAAGCUUUUCAUCAGGGUGAGAUGGAGAAGCAUGUUAAAGUGUUCCAUGAGCCUCUUCAUUGUCCAUGUGGACUAGUCCUCGAGAAGGAACCAAUGGUACAACAUCAGGCUGCAGAUUGCCCCCUACGUCUUAUUACAUGCCGGUUUUGUGGUGACAUGGUUCAAGCUGGGAGCUCGGCUGCAGAUGUUCGCGACCGAUUAAGAGGACUGUCCGAGCAUGAGAGUUUGUGUGGAUCUAGAACUGCUCCAUGCGAUUCCUGUGGACGGUCUGUCAUGUUGAAAGAAAUGGACAUCCAUCAAAUUGCUGUUCAUCAACAGACUUGAUGCCCACAUCUAAUUAUUUUUCCCCUUUUCCUUCAUGAAGGUAGUCCUGUGUUUAUGUUGCGAGAUACAUUGUCUAGGGACGUUGCUCCUUGCUCGACUUCUUCGUAUGAUUGGCCAGAUCAGAUGGCGGUGUAGGAGUUUUCAUUGGUUAUUGUUGGUGGAACUCACUCCACUCCAUCGAAGAUAUACAGAUAUUGUAUACGGAGAUACUGAUCCUAUUACUUGUAAUGUUGCAUGUUAUGUAUGUGAAAUGUGAUGGGUCUUAUAUCUGAAACACAAUCCCUUCCCCGACGCGUUUGCUUGUUUCUCUUUUCUUUUCUUUUUGAAGUAUAUUCUUGUUGCAGAUGCAGUCUCUGUGGUCUAUCUAAACCCUAAACCAAUCCUGGCAUCCCUCACAAUGCUCAGCUGGUGUUUGUGUUUUAUGCAUUGUUUUUCUAGUAGUA